UUUCCCUCCUCUGAUUCUCUCUCCAAACAUUGACCCCCUGAGGUGCGUUCGGACUGGUCUUCUGUCCAUACCGGUCGCGAAGCAAUGAGAGAACCUGACGGCUAAGCUGCGGCCCCCCAGAGACCGUCUGUAAUCUCUCUACCCCGCUGUUGCUCCUCAUCGAAAUGCUAGACUUGGUCCUGACUAGUGCAGCGCACCCCAAGUUAGGUCCAACCUCCCCUCCAAGCUAAGAGACAAUGCCUCCCGUACCUGCGCAAGCCGACCGAUGCCGGGUGAUAUGCUAUCACCAGACACUUCGUCCGGAUCGAGGCCAAUAUGUGUCCGCGCUACCGUUGGUGCAGAACAACACUGGUAUCACGCACCUCAUCAUUGCUGCCUUCCACCUAAAUGCCGAACCGGGACAUAUUACGCUCAACGAUGAUCCUCCCCACCAUAGCAUGUACGACGAGCUGUGGGAAGAGGUGCCUGUUUUGAAGCAGAGAGGGGUGCGCGUCAUGGGAAUGCUGGGAGGAGCAGCACAAGGUUCCUUCCGCUGUCUGGACGGUGAUCAGGACAAAUUCGAGCGGUACUACCUGCCUCUCCUAGCCAUGAUUCGGCGUCAUCAACUGGAAGGGCUGGAUCUAGACGUGGAAGAAGAGAUGUCGCUUUCAGGUAUCAUUAGACUGAUCGAUCGACUCAAAUCCGACCUGGGAGACAGCUUCAUUAUAACGUUGGCCCCGGUAGCAGCGGCGCUUCUAGGGAUUGGUAAUCUUUCCGGGUUUGACUACCGAGAGCUUGAGCGGCAACGGGCAUCGAAGAUUAGUUGGUAUAAUACACAGUUCUACAACGGCUGGGGCCCAGCGGAUGAUCCUCGUAUGUAUGCGGCGAUCGUCGCGCAAGGAUGGUCGCCGCAACGCGUCGUGUACGGGCUCUUGACGAAUCCUGGCAAUGGGUCGCAGGGCUACGUUCCUCGGGAGAUCAUCGGGCCUAUACUGGGCCAGUUAGUAGAGCAGUUCCCCAACUUUGGCGGCGUUAUGGGCUGGGAAUACUUCAAUUCCAAGCCCGGGGAGCGCGAGAAGCCCUGGCAAUGGGCUGCGGAGAUGUCGCUGAGCAUGCAUAUGAAGGAUUUGGUCAUGGCUUUUUAUCAAGGCCUAUGGCGAGCGGUUUGAACGUUCUCCGAGGUAUGAGGAAUCAACAACGAUAGAGACCUACGCCCGAGAGCAUAGAAUAGACAAACGAUUGUCCAUUACAUUAUAUGCUGCCGUUUGCAUUCUUUCAU